AUGGACUGGUCAGAAGCUAUCAUUCCACUUGGGAAACAAAAGAUCAAACUUGAACCUGAACCGAAAAAUAAAUAUACAAUCUUUCCCUCUGAUAAUCCUAAAGCCCAGAUUCUAUUUCAGGAAUGUGAAUUUGGAAACCAUCUCAUCCUUGCACCUGAUGAAAAAGGAUUGAAAGAAAUAGUUGAUGAUCAUGGUGGACUGUGGCAUAUGGAGUUUGAUGGAAGCUGCCCCAAUUCAGGCUUCAGAGCUGGGGCAAGUCUUACGGACAACUACACCUUACCCAACAUGGAUCAUAUUAUGCAAACAGUAUCUGGGUCAGAAAUGAUGUCGAUGUUAGAUGGUUUUUUUGGCUACAAUCAGAUUAGUGUUGCAAAGCAUGAACAGCAUAGGACAGCAUUCAUCAUUCUAUUGAGAACAUUCGUAUAUAACCGUAUGCCUUUCGGUUUAAUAAAUGCUAGAGAAACCUUUCAAAGGGCUAUGGAUUCUUCUUUUAAGGAUUUUCAUGACUGA